AUGUCUACCAAAUCAAGGUCUUUCACCAUUAACGUGCCCGCGACCUCUGCCAACAUCGGACCAGGCUUCGACGUUGUUGGUCUCUCCCUCUCCCUCUAUCUCACCCUCAGAGUAGACAUCCCCAAACCACAUACUUCCUCAUUCGUCCCACCCAAAAUCACUUACACCGGCGAAGGUGCCGACGAAGUGCCACUCGAUGCCUACAAGAACCUGACUACCCGUGUGGCCCUCUACGUUCUUCGCUGCCACUCCAUCCCUUCCUUCCCAUCCAAUAUCAGCAUACACUGCCACAACCAAAUACCCUUCGGUCGCGGACUUGGCUCCUCAGGUGCCGCUGUUAUCGCCGGAGUCCUCCUCGGCUCAACUCUGGGCGAACUCUCACUUUCCCCAAUGCGAGUGCUCGAUUUUGCCUUGAUGGUCGAACGGCAUCCAGACAACGUUACCGCCGCGCUAGUUGGUGGUUUUGUUGGCUCCUAUCUUCGGGAGCUCGACCCUGUGGCAGCUCAGGCCGCAGAUGUACCUCUCAGUGAGGUACUCCCGGAGUUUCCUCCAGACGCAGGACCGGAAUGGGGCCUCGAUCCGCCUGUUCCUCCUCAGGGAAUUGGUCACUAUGUUCGCUUCGGAUGGGCACCUUCAAUACGUGCUGUGGCCAUCAUCCCGCGAUUCGAGUUAAGCACGGCGAAGGCGCGUGAAGUGCUCCCUACCUCGUAUUCCCGGAAAGAUCUCGUCUUCAACCUUCAGCGACUUGCUGUAUUGACGACAGCCCUCGCACAAUCACCACCUGAUCCGGAACUCAUCUAUGAAGCAAUGAAGGACCGUAUUCAUCAACCCUACCGCAACACCCUGAUUCCCGGUCUUCCCGAAGUGACCUCGAACAUCACUCCAAGCACCCAUCCAGGUCUCCUCGGCAUUUGCCUUUCAGGGGCAGGUCCGACCAUUCUCGCCCUUGCUGUCGACGGAUUCGAGAAGAUUGCAGAAGAUGCACGCAAAAUCUUCAGGGAGAAAGGUGUCGAGGUUGACUGGAAGUUGUUAGAUGUCGUGACCGAUGGAAGUGUCGUGACCGAAUCUUGA